GUUCUCUAGGAAUAUACCGGACUAGUGAUGAUGAAAGGAGCAGGGAUGGACUAGUGAUGAUGAAAGGAGCAGGGAUGGACUAGUGAUGAUGAAAGGAGCAGGGAUGAACUAAUGAUGAUGAAAGGAGCUGGGAUGGACUAGUGAUGAUGAAGAAAAAAAGAGUAGAGAUGAACUAGUGAGGGUCCAAAAAUCGUCCUCUAGGAAAUUACUGAACUAGUGAGGGGAAGAACAGGUAGAACUAGUGACGAGAAAAACAGGGAUGAUCUAGUUAGGAGAAGAGCAAGGAUGAUCUAGUGAGGAGAAGAGCGGGAAUGAACUAGUGAGGAGAAGAGCAGGGAUGAACUAUUGAGGAGAAGAGCGGGGAUGAACUAGUGAGGAGAAGAGCAGGGAUGAACUUGUGGGAGGAGAAGAGCAGGGAUGAACUAGUGAGGAGAAGUGCAGGGAUGAACUAGUGAGGAGAAAAGCGGAGAUUAACUAGUGAGGAGAAGAGCAGGGAUGAACUUGUGAGAGGAGAAGAGCAGGGAUGAACCUGUGAGGAGAAGAGUAGGGAUGAACUUGAGAGAGGAGAAGAGCGGGGAUGAACCAGUGAGGAGAAAAGCAGGGAUGAUCUAGUGAGGAGAAAAACAGGGAUGAACUAGUGAAGGGAAGAGCAGGGAUGAACUAGUGAAGAGAAGAGCGGGGAUGAACCAGCGAGGAGGAGAGCAGUGAUGAACAAGUGAGGAAAAGAGUAGGGAUGAACUAAGUGAGGAGAAGAGCAGGGAUGAACUAAGAGAGAAGAGCAGGGAUGAACAAGUGAGAAGAAGAGCAGGGAUGAUCUAGUGAGGAGAAGAGCAGGGAUGAACUAGUGAGGAGAAGAGCAGGGAUGAACUAGUGAGGAGAAGAGCAGGGAUGAACUAGUGAGGAGAAGAGCAGGGAUGAACAAGUGAGGAAAAGAGUAGGGAUGAUCGAGAAGAGCAGGGAUGAACUAGUGAGGAGAAGAGUAGGGAUGAACUAGUGAGGAGAAGAGCGGGGAUGAACCUGUGAGGAGAAGAGCGGGGAUGAACUAGUGAAGAGAAGAGCAGGGAUGAUCUAGUGAGGAGAAGAGUAGGGAUGAACUACUGAAGAAAAGAUCAGGGAUGAACUAGUGAGGAGAAGAGCGGGGAUGAACCUGUGAGGAGAAGAGCAGGGAUGAACUAAGUGAGGAGAAGAGCAGGGAUGAACUAAGAGAGAAGAGCAGGGAUGAACUAAAAGAGGAGAGGAGCAGGGAUGAACUAAGAGAGAAGAAGAGCGGGGAUGAACCUGUGAGGAGAAGAGCAGGGAUGAACUAAGUGAGGAGAAGAGCAGGGAUGAACUAAGAGAGGAGAAGAGCAGGGAUGAACUAAGAGAGGAGAUGAGCAGGGAUGAACUAAGAGAGAAGAAGAGCAGGGAUGAACUAGUGAGGAGAAGAGCAGCUAGAAAUGAUAAAUUAAGGUUGUUAAGUUAUUAUGUUUCAGAUGUAAAAAUAUUGUUAAUCUUACUUCUACUCCAUCAUGAUCUUCCCUCCUCUUCUUCUUUUUCUUCUUCUACAGUCUUCUCUGGGUCAGGAGGGAAAGAAUAAACUGUCCACAGCAUCAGCUGGACUCCAGGAGCGUAUGGAGAAGCUGCUAGAAUUAAGUUCCAGGCGUGCUGUUAUAAAACUAAACAACAAACUGUUUAAGGACUUGGUGAAAUCGUCUCCUCGCAACUAUUCAGUAGUUGUCAUGUUCACAGCUCUCUCUAGUAGUAGGUAUACAUUUCUCAAACCUUCAUGUUCACAGCUCUCUCCAGUAGUAGGUAUACAUUUCUCAUACCUUCAUGUUCACAGCUCUCUCCAGUAGUUGGUAUACAUUUUC